AUGACUUGGCCCUUUUCAAGUGCAGAGAAGAAGAAUAUAUCAUCUCCUAUUGAUGAAUUUGUUCCCCCUCCUCCGGGUGGAUCUCCAUUUGCACCUCCACCUGAAAUUCCGCAUUCUCUAAAGCAUAUAAAAGAUCAUUCCUUUUUUCAUAAGGAAUUCAAAGGAUUUUCAGCACCACCUGGAAGAAGUAUUGACUCUGAAACAAGAACUUAUGAACAACGUUUUCCAAAUAGUAAAAAGUCUAUAUUCGAUAUUGAGUUUAGUCCAAGAACACGAGCUUGUCUUGAAAAUAUAAAGAUGGGUAUGAAAAUGGGUGCUUCUGUUGGUGGGAUAUUUGGGGCACUAACUGGUGUAUAUGCUGCUGCUAAACAUCGAAAUCUUCUAGCAAUUCCAUUAUCUAUUGCUGGAGGAGCUGUAAGUUUUGGUUUCUUCCUUGGUUGUGGGAUGAUAGUGAGAUGUGAAAGCAAAUAA